CCCGCCCCAAGUGCUGGUAGCUGGCCGAACUAGCCCCCAUCUUUCUCCCCCAGAUUGCGCUGUCUCUCAAUCGUCCAAGACGUUAUUGCACUCGGAGAUAUAUCAAUCAGUCAAACAGUUAUUCCAGAGACACGAUGCCUCAGGAUUUACCUCCCGUCGGGGGUUACGCGCCGGUACAAUACAAGCGCAACCUACCCGUCCGAGGUUUCCGUCCCGCCGUCUACCUCCUCGCCGUGGGCGUGAUAUCAGGCUAUGGGUUCUACAAACUUGGCCAAGGAAUCAGAGAACAAAAUGAACUCGCCCGAGAAAAGAUGUGGGGUAGGAUUCACCUGAUUCCGCUUUUACAAGCUGAAGAAGAUCGGGAUCUUGUGCGGCGGCAUUGGGCAGACUUGGCACGGGAGAAGGAGCUGCUUGGUAGUGAAACAAGAGUAUAUCAUUCUGAUCGGUUCGUGAGACCGACAUAUGCAAUCUCGCCAGCGAAUGUGACGAAAUGAGUUAUGGCAUCGUAUUUCGAACAGGUUAUUGAUAGGAUGAAAGGGUAUGAGACAAUAUAGAGGCCAAGGACGUCCAGAAAUCUGACUAUAUCAAGAGAUGAAAUACAAACCGAAGUAUGAAUUUAUGAUACUUCAUAAGCAUUGUUCAUAAGCACACAAGAUCGACAUUUAUGAAUCUGAACAUGCACAUUGUCCACGU